UCAAAAUAAUUGUUUAACACAAAAGCCGUGGUAUUUGGAAGCUGUUUUUAUUUUAAGGAUCUAGUUUUGAAGGUGCUAGGUUCAGAAUUAGUGUAAUGAAGCUCUCAUAUGACUAAAUGUUAGCUUCCAUAUGAAGGUUGUCAGAGAAACAAUAUUUGUUGAAGCAAAUGUCCGUUGCUACGAGUACUUGUACAACAACAACACGGUAUCAUUCUGACAGAAAGGUCGUUAUCAUUAGACCGUAACAAUGUGGAAAAAAGAAAGAUCUGCAGUGGGAUCUCGAUAAGCAAAAGGAUUAUAAAGGCUCUGCUGGCAGAUGGCAGUGAAAAUGUCAUAGAUUUAAAGAUGUUGUCAAAGCCAGAAAUCAUAUAGAUUUUGAAAACCACAGCUCCAGAGACAUUUGAAAGGGACUCAAAGAUGUUGGAGUGGCUGCCCUGUAACAGUCCUAAUAUACAUAUGGUCUAGGACAUACUUUUCUGUUUCAGUCAUGACGUUUGAAAUUAUUACAAAUAUUAACCAAAGAUAUUCUUAAUGUCGGCCAUGGGAUCUGGAGUACCUUUGCUCAAUGACUAUAAGCAGGAGUUCUUCUGGAAACGAUUCCCUCAGACUGUCUUGGGAGGACCAAAGUUAAGGUUGGGCUAUGAUGCCCCCUGUUUUGUGUACAUGGGGCAGAUAUUGCUCUUCUUUAUCCCGUGGAUUAUCGGAGGGAUUUUCACAGCUCUGGUGGAAACUGCAAUCCUGGAAUUUGAAAUUGCUGUUUACGUCUUUGGCAGCAUUAUGUUUCUCUUUGUACUGUGUGGCCAGAUUGUUUCUAGUAUCAUCCACAAUCAAAGAUCCAGCCAAGGGCAGAACAUCCACACUGCCAGUCUCUUAGCAGAGGAAGAUGAAGUGGAUUUUGCAUCAUGUUGUGGAGCUGAAACAAUCGGUUUUAUCAUACCACCAAAGAAGUACAAGUUUAACAUAAUAUUACACUCUGUAAUGUCGGGAGUUAUCUGUGGAUUGGGACUGUGGUACCUCCUGCCUCAGACUUUCAACUCACUGUAUUAUAACAAUAUAGGAGCUACUGUGAUACUGUACAUCCUGGGUUGGUUGACGUUAUGUAUUUCCCAGUAUCCACUGACAACAUGUGCUCCUCCAGAGCUUUCAACAUACACAACUUUAGACACUUUUGAAUUUUCCCCCAUGCUCCGCCCAUUUUACAUCAUCGUAUGUGAAAGUUUCUUCUUAUUGAACAGGUUCUUGUCUGGGUUUCUUCUAGCAGACCAGAUACUCCAUGCAGUAUUUGUGACUUUUCCAUUCCUGUGGAUUGUAGGCGUAUUGCCUCCCUUGGAUGCUCUCCUGUUUUGGGGACUGGAACAGAUCCUUAUAGUGUUCUUUGGUGGAACAUCAACUUCAUCAGAUUUAUGGACUAUAGUUAUGUUGCUGGUAUCAGUGAGUGUAUUCCUGGCUGUGUACUUCAUCCCUAUGUGUUUGGGGUCCAUUGUCAUGGCUGCAGCCUUGGGCUAUAUCCUCAGCACAGACAUUGGAGGCCUUCUCAGAGAUGUGAUCAAGUAUUACCAGACUAGGAACAAAGUCAGCUCCAGCCAAACUCUGAACAGUGUGUCAGAUAAACAUAGAGGUUUCCCCUGGUCCAGAUUGUUUCUGACAGUAGUGUUUCAUCUCAUCAUGACCGGUGUAGUUAUAGCAGUCAGCUUGUGUUUAGUGCUGUACACAACUUCUGUUUGGACAAAUGCCUGGCUGGUACUGGGCUAUGUUAACGUCGGUGUUCUCAUCCUGGAAAAACUCCUAAGAGAUUUCCAGGGAGUGUUUAUCUGUUUUGGACUGUGGAGAAACAAGCUUUUCCCUGGCAGUGCACAAAGCCAAAGGAUUUUUCGCCGCCGAAAAUGUUUCUUGAAUCUCCUCGGGUAUCUCAGAAGAUUUGUCAUAAAUUUUGUUGCCCCCCUGGUGAUGUUGUCAUACCUCAGCCUUGUUAACCUGACCUCUGACCCCAGCAGCUUGUCAUGUCGACUGAGCCUGUCCACAGCUGAUGGAGUGUGGCUAAUGCUGUCCAUAACCAGAGCUUACAGAUGGGUGUGGCAGAGCACAGUUCACUCCCUGUUGGAACUCUCAGUUGUCCACAUUAUCCUUGUCAACCUUCCCACCAACACAACAGUUCAGUACUUGGGGGCCUUCAGGCUCCUGUUGAUCACUUCAGUCUGUCGAGACCGCCUGUACCAAAUUGCCAGCAAACUAUAUUUUUGUUUUGCACUUCUCAUCACAUCAUGGACUGACAAAAAACAGAGAAGAAAGUCCUCUAUUUGGAUUGUCCUGGUGAACUUGUUGUUGUUUCCUGUCGUGCUAGCAGUUGUUGUUGUGGCAGCUGUUCUGUCUGCCCCUCUUCUCCCACUCUUCUCGUUGCCUGUAUUUUUGAUUGGUUUCCCUCGUCCCCUGCGUUCCUGGCCCAGCUCUGUUGGAGCAUCAGCCAAUACCUGUGCAGACACUGUCUUCUAUAAACAACUCUGUCACAACUUAGCUGCAGCCAUGAAAACAGCCUUUGCUAAUGGUAGUUUAGGUGAGCCCCAUCCAGGUAACCAUUACCUGCUACGUUUCCAGGACCGGAUGAUAUGGGUGCUCAUACUGGAGAGGGGAGGCACCUACUGCACCAUGUCCAUAAAAGGGCUGGAGUUACAAGAAACUUCUUGUCACUCGGUGGAAGCAACACGAGUUGAUGACAUUUUCGAGAUGUCAUUUGAAAGUGAAACUGGCUUCCCAUUAUGUUCGCUUAACCAGUACCCCCUACACACUCUCACACCGUGUGAUGCAGUGGUUGUUCAGACAUAUUCUGAUGCCAAAAAUAUUCUUACUGGUAUCAUAGACUCUCCAGAUAAUUUUAAGUUUGUAUUUGCAGCUUUUCCCAAAGUUUUAAUCUGGGUUUUGAUGAAUGAAGUGUUUAAACUGAAUGACAGAAAACAAGCAGAGGAGAAGCAAAGGGAGAGCAGUCUGACAAAACUGGAAACCAAAGAUAGCUGGAGUAACAACAACAACAAAGAAGCGUGUCUUCCUCAGAAAGACACAGUUGUAACAAUAGGGGCUACAAGCAUUGAUAAAGCAGAACAUCCUGUUGUUCAUGAACUUGAGGAGGAUGAUGUAUGGAGUGACUCUCGUCCCACUUCUGCUAUUUCUCUGGGUCACAAGCGUAAGUCAUCCUGGGGCUCAUCUCUCCGAAGUUUCUCCAGUAUACUCUCCACUGAUAAGGACUUCAUUGAAAUGGAUGAAGUCAAACCAUCCAAAAAGAAAAGUUCACAGAGGAACUUGAAGUCUUCAGGCUCUGUUGAAGAGUUAGGGUUUGGGAUGCCAGCUGUAGACCCUAAAGCCAAAGCCAAGCCACCACCAUUAAAACCUGCAUUCCAAGUGUCGGGGAAGGCCGGUAACUCCAUCUACAGGCCAGUGACAAAUUUAGCUGGCUCAGCAGAAUUUAUGAGUCCACACAGCUCCCGGCUUAGCUUGCCAACAAAGUGGCGGGAACUUCCCAUAGAGGAGUCUCGAGUGAAAAAGCUGACGCGGGAGUUUCCGACAGACUGGUACAGACAUGUGAUAGAGAGCCUUCCGAUCACCAGCCCAGAUCAAAGCACUCGUGAAAUCACAGCUGAAUUAGUGAAGGAUGAAGUUCUCCAUGACAUUUACUCUCAGCUGACCAUGUCCUGCUGUGGAAUGUUCGAUGCUAAUGGCAUGGCCUCACAUGGAGGGAGCACCAGUCACCUGUACAAGUGUUACCGUGGGGAUGUUCCUUGGAAUGCUAUGUUGGACUGGCUCACAGAAGACAAGCACCUGUUUGGUUUAGUUUUACAAGCAUACAGGUACUCCUUCAAGCUGAUGUUAGACCAAUGUGUGCUGGGUGAGAUUAGUGAUAAUGAAGAGCUAGCUGAAUACUUGACGGAUUACAAGAACAACUGGUACAUUGGCCUGGACACAGACCCAGAGUGGAAUGCAGCUGUGAUCAACAAUAAACCCUCACUGUUUUCUGUGGGCCUUGCAUCAAGCCAGGGUACAUACAGCAGUCGUGUGGUGACUCUCCAGGACACUGUUGUUCACAUGGGUCGUCUAAACGCUGAGGCUGUGAGAGGACAGUGGGCUAACCUUAGCCUGGAGCUGCUUUACUUCACCAAUGAUGAUGAGGAACGCUACAGUAUUCAGGCUCAUCCCACCCUGUUGAGAAACCUCACCGUCCAGUCAGCAGAUCCACCUCUCGGAUACCCCAUCUUUUCAUCAGAGCCUAUCUCAGUGUGUCUCCUGUAAACCAGCAGACCCACCUCUGGAAUACCCAAUCUUUUCAUCAGAGCAUAUCUUAGUGUGUCUCCUGUAAACCAGGAGACACACCUUUCAAAUACCCAAUCUAUUCAUCAGAGCCUAUCUCAGUGCAUCUCCUGUAAACCAGCAGACCCACCUUUCGAAUACCCAAUCUUUUCAUCAGAGCCUAUCUGAGUGGGUCCCCUGUAAACCAGCAGACCCACCUCUCGAAUACCCAAUCUUUUCAUCAGAGCUUAUCUCAGUGUGUCUCCUGUAAACAAACAGACCCACCUCAGAUACCCUCACUGUUUACCCGAGCCUAUCUCCAUACGUUUCCUUCAAGCCAAAGACUCACCUCUCUGAUACCCACCUAUUCACCAGAGCAUAUCUCAGUAUAUCUCCUUCAAGCCAAAGACUCGCCUAUCUGAUACCCACUUAUUCACCAGAGCCUAUCUCAGUAUAUCUCUUUCAAGCCAAAGACACACCUCUCUGAUACCCACCUAUUCACCAGAACCUAUCUCAGUAUAUCUCCUUCAAGCCAAAGACUCGCCUAUCUAAUACCCACCUUAUUCACCAGAACCUAUCUCAGUAUAUCUCCUUCAAGCCAAAUACACACCCUUUGGAUACAUUAAGAGAUCUUUAUCUGUGCCCAAUUGUUCAUAAUUCAUGUAAUAGGGUGUUAUUGAUAUGAGAUUGUUUUCACAUAAUCAAACAACCUAGUGUCUGUCUAACCAGACAUUGAUUAGAUUAUUUCACAAGUUUAUCACCUCUGAUGAUAUUUAUUAAAGUGAAAGACAGCACCUGACAAAUGUUUAUUUCUGCUGAAAUACUACCGCUCAAAGUAUCUUAAACUGGCAUUAAAUAUUUUUUUUAGAUUUUUUUCUAUCCAGUUAAAGUUUAGUAAAAUUUUCACGUGUCACAGCUUCAGCAUGUCUCCAUUGUCGAGGGCAAGGUGAAGUCACCUUUACUCUAGCUCGCUAACAUCGAUGGUAUUUUCGGUAUAAUAGUCUAAGCAGUAGCCUAUGACAGGUCAAAGUUGUGGACUUGGGCGAUGAAGGCCCAAGUGAUAAAUAUAGUUUUCUCGAAAACUGGACAUACUGGCAGAAUAUUUCAGCAGGCUUUGUUCUGAAACAAAUAAAAAUAGAUCUAAGUACCACUGAGGCUGAUCUGGUCAUUCGACUGUCACUGGAUUUUAUGCUUCUAUUUUGUAGCGGUGGCUUCUAAGAUGAGAGUAGUGCUGACUUAGUUUUCGCAAAGCUCCUCCGCUUGAACAUGCUAUUUCAGUAAUUUUACUGUAUUUUAUAACAGAAAACAGAAAAACAUCCUUUGUAUACAAGAAAGGCAAAGGAGUAAAAUUUAAAUUCUUCAGUUUUUAUAAAUUCAGAGAAAAAAAAUAUAUCCUGUAAGAUUUUUAAUUAAUUUUAAGCUUUGCCUGGUGAGAUUCUGCCUUUUCAUUCCCGUAAACCUUUGGCAUCCUUAAUGAAUUUUGCACUGACACUAAUCUUUGUUAUUUUGAAACAGCUGACUAAUUGCUAAAAAGAGCGACAAGAAAUGUAUUAGGGGAGAUGAAUGUGGUUUGUCAUGAGACGGUAUGCUGCUGUCUGACAUAAUGUGUGAUCAUUGAAUAUUAUGUGGCUUGUGUAUUAACUGAUUUUACCUAUGUGGAGGUCCAUAAGUGAUACAGACCUGCCCCAUAACACUUUGUGAAAUGGCCCUUUGGCUACAUGCAGCUAAAUCGUUGUAAACUAUCUCAAAAUGAUGUCUUAAGCAGUAGUUUUGGGUUAUGAUAUGUCACUUCAUGGAGUGAAGGGGCAAGGGCUACAUCACAGCUUAGGUGCGCCACCUGAUAGCAGCGUGUUUGAUUGGAUGGCUGCCUGGACUCACACCGGCCAUUUGUGUAGUAUUAUCAUUUUGUUCUACAUGUUAUUUGGGGAAGUAUCAUCAAAAAUAAUGAAGUGUGAUACUUUUUAGAAUGCUUGUGUAUCCUGCUUUCGAUUGAAAUAUGUUUUAGCCAGGUGCUGUCUUGUCCUUUAACGGAAUGGUUAGUAAUGAUAAUGUUUGUAAUAAAUCCGUCCACACCUCCAUUCAGUAAAACAACUUAAAAUAUCAUGACAGAUUGGUUUUUGAUUCACUUUGGAAUCUAUUGAAUAUCAAAAUUUGCAAAUUUUGAUUGGAGGAUGUUUUUAUGCCAAUAUGAUUCAGUGAUAUUUUGAAAUUUGAAUUGUUGUAUAUAGUCAUACACUUUUGCACCAGUUUUUAUGUAAGGUUUGAUGAUUGAAGUUUUGUGACUAGAGAUAAAAUAGUUGAUUACUUUCAUAUUUAACAAAUUAUUGCAGUUGUAGUUAAGUGAGUAUUCACUGUAUUUAAUGUUAAUUUCAUUAAUACAGAUAAUAAUCAAUACUUUUUUAUUGUGCAGCAUUUAGUUUAGUAUUAGUGUUUUGUUGUAUUAUUAUUGAUUUUGUUUCUUCACUUAUUUCUUAGUAGCAGUCUUGAGGUCUGUUAAUUUAAAAUUGAGCAUUAAUUGAAAUACUUUCAAAUCUUUAGUGUCACCUAGUACUUCUAAAUUCUUGACACCCAUCGGUGACAGAUUCCAUGUUCAAGCACUGUAGUCUUCUAACCAUACUUGUAGAUGUAGUAUUAACACUUUGACAGUUUGCAAUGUUAAAUUGAUUGUAUGGCUUAUAAGCUCAUCUUAGUCAUACACACAACUCAAGUUUAUUUCUCUCAGACAUUCUUUAUGUCAUUAAUAUUUAUGAUAACAAAUAAAAUAUACAUGUUUUACCCUUGCUUGUUGAACAAAUACGUCUUGCUCAGUUUUUUGGAAAAUGAAUUGUAGGACAUGGUUUUCUCCCUGAUUAUAGACAGCCAGCGAUAGGGUAAAAUGAUGAAAUGAAUUGUUUGUUUACAUCGAAACAAAUCAUGUUGUUUUUAAUUAUUAUUAUUAAUUCAAAAGUACGGUUUUUGUACACUUUUUGUUUCUCUGUUUCUCUCUCUCUCCAGUGGUAUUGUAUACAUGUAAAUAGUACAGAAUGACUAAUCUCGCUGAGCUGUAUUCAGUUCUGUUUGCUUAGCCCUCAAACUAUGUUUAGUUAUACAACAUGUACUGUAACACAUGAUAGACGAGGUACUUUCAUGUGUUGGGGUUUGUAUCUGUUCUUCACUUUGUAAGCUAACAUAUUUAUUCUACUAAAUGGUUUGUCUUAUCCAUUGUCAUUAUGGUUAGGUUCAUAUAUUUAACACAAAACUAUUGUCUGUGAUAUUGUCAUUAAGAAGUUUCAUGUCUCAUUGUCAAGAUUUUCUUAACAUCACUGGGGCAUUAACUGGCACUAACUUCACACACAGUGUUCACGACAGUUCCAUGUAAGAAGGAAAUCUUCAUCAUUUGGAUGUUUGUCAAUAAAAUGUUGUGCUUUAUAAAA